AUGGCAUCAUCGGCGAUGGCGGAAGACACGAACUUCGAGGAUGAUCAACUCUCGAGCAUGACGACGGAGGACAUAGUAAGGGCAUCCCGACUCCUUGACAAUGAGAUACGGAUCCUCAAGGUAGGCAAAGGAAAACCCUAGCUAUUUCUUCUGAUAAAAGAAAACAACCGGCAGAAAAUUUUCCAGGGCGGCUUUCUUGUUUCGCUCCAUGUCCCCGAUGUUGGAUUUUUAGUGUUAUUUUCCCAGUCUUUUUUUGUAUAUCUCCGAUGCUUUCGACGUUGAUGGCGAUCCACGAUGUUUGCCUCAGGAAGAGCUGCAGAGAACCAACCUAGACCUGGAAAAUUACAAGGAUAAGACAAAGGAGAACAUGGAAAAGAUCAAGCUAAACAAACAGCUGCCCUACCUAGUUGGCAACAUUGUCGAGGUUACGUAUCAUGCUCAACCUUGGGGAAUUCCUCUUUAAAUGUGUUCAUGGAUGAAAUUGAUGGUUUCUCCAUCAAAAUUAUAAUUAGCGGAGGACUUAUCUCCGCAUAGUCUUAGUCAUUGGGGUUCCUUGGCUCUGUAUCCUCAAUAUGAAUGCAGUCAGGCAGUUAAUUCGUUUCUUUCUAAUUUUUCACAAUAAACAUCAACAAUAGUUAUCACACCCUGAAAGACAAAUAUCGUCAUCUUAAAUUUAUUUUGCUCUCAAUUCUAUUAUAGCCCAUUCUAAGAUAUUUAAUCAAUUGCGGAUUAUUAGUUGCGAAUAUCCUCAUAAUAAAUUUAUUGUUCUCUUUUAGAUUCUGUCUUCGCUUGCCUAGUUUAUUCUUACGUCUUUAUCUGCUCGUAAAACUCUCUGUUUAUCCCUCUCUCUCUCUCUCUCUCUCUCUCUCCAUUGGGAAGUAACAUGCAUUUGCUCGGCCAUUGUCAAGAACUAAUGACGUUUUCACGAAAUUUUCAGGCAUUUAGUCACCUUAACGAAGCGUUUUUUUAAUCAUUUUGUUGUUCAAAGGCUUUUUAUCCAGCUCUUGAAUUCAAGACUGCAUAGUGACAACCGAUAUUGAAAAACUUGAUCGCCUGGGAUCGCAAUUGAUUGAUUAGAAAGUACCAAAAGAUUGGAAAAUUAUUGUUUUUGGGUCACAGGAAAAGUAGUGUAUUGAAGUUUGAUUGGAUGAAAAGUGCUUUCUGCUGGGUAAUUGUUAUCAGGCUCUCUAAAUUAGAGUCUUCUGUUUGUAAUGCUUCAGAUUAACGUGUCAAAAAAUGACUGUCUCGCCUACCGUUAAUUAUAGGCUGAUGCUUGAAUUUAAUCACUCCCUUAUGGAUUCUCCAUAAUUAAGGCACCUUUUAGCAAAUAAUGCAAGUAGAUAUCAAAAGUUCAGGGAGACAUCAUCUUGGUGUAAGCGGAUUAAUUAUGCAUACUUUUCUCAAGAAAAAAAUUAUGAUUCCUUCGACUAUGAAGAAAAAGAAGAAUUGGCGUCAUCCUGGCGUAGUCUAUUUAUCUUGAAUGUGGCUUUUUGUGAAGAGUUGAUUAUUCAGACAGUGGUGAUUAGAAGCGAAAAAAAUUGAUGCCAAAAUAAUACUAUGGAGGGGUUCUGAGUUUGCUAACUUAACGGGUAGAAUACUAACUAAUUUCUGAAAGAAACUUUGUAAUCAGAAAGUGGUACCAUGAAGAUGUAAAUAUAGGUUUGUGGAGGUUUGUUGGUGAUUCCUUGAACUUGAGUCAUAUUAUGCCACUUGAUUUUCUCUGAAUUAGGUAUUUGACUUGGUAAUUUUUGUUGCUUGUGUAUUUCCAUUCUUAAUUUAUUUUCCAUCCAUCCAAUUAUUUUAUCUAUUUUUUAUUAUGUUGCCAUUUCAGAUUUUGGAAAUGAACCCAGAAGAGGAAGCAGAAGAGGAUGGCGCUAAUGUAGAUUUAGAUUCACAGAGGAAAGGAAAAUGCGUUGUGUUGAAAACUUCCACGCGCCAAGUAAUUGAACCUUCUUCAUUUCUUCGCAUGAUCUUGGAACAGAAGCUUUUAUCUUUUCCAUUCUGGUGUUGGUUAGAAUUUUUUUCGCCUUUAUGAGACUGACUCUUACUUCUACACUUUUACCUUUAUCGGACUAGGCAUUGGACAUGGGUGAAAUGUAGAUGACUCUAUAGCAUGCUAAAUUUGUUAAGGCAUAGUAUGAUCAGAGCUGUGAUGACUGGUUUCUUUCCUUGAUUUCUUUUUAGGAAUAAUUCCAUGUCUCAUUAUCCUACACCAUCCUAAAGUUUCUCACUUUCCCAAAGACAAGUCAUUUCCCUCUUUAAAAAAUGAGGAAACAUUGUAAUUAGCUUGCAUUUUCAGUUUGGAAAAUUUAUGUUUCUUUUUCUAAGAUAAUAAACCCCCUCAAACGCAUGCUUCCUUUUAUUUUUCGUUUUCACAUUUUUUUGCUCUUGAGCGAUAGUUUCUUUUCUUGUUUUUUCUAUUAUUACUUUUUCGCGUCAGACUAUUUUACGAAAUAUGUGAAAUGGAACUAGGAGGAUGUGUGUCAUACCUCAGGUUGGUCUGGUCAGCCUAACCUAGACUGACUUACUCUGUCCGGAUCAAAUUGAUUUUUAGCAGAUUCAUAUCUUUGUUCCAGAUGAGAUCUGAAGUGAUAGUGUAGAAUAGGAUCCAGUGUAAGGAUUGUACCAAAGAAGUAGAGUGAUGCCUCCAGUGAGUAUAUAUGAAGGUACGGAAGGAGAAUACAUACGGUAAGAAUAAUAGAUUUAAGUAAACACAUUCAGUAUGGUACGUUGAUCAAAUUUAAAGGAUCCUUGAGAUGCAAGAUAAGGGAUUCUUGAGUUGUGUUUUGAUCCUGGUUUGGCUGGUCUGGGUCAGAUUACACCAGUGGGAUCGUUUCUAGCAGUAUAGUCGAGCCAUCGGAUUUGUGGGUAACGCAGAAAACUUCGGAUUUGCAGAUGCAUCUAUCUCGACCGUGGUAAAUCCGCUAUGUUUUAGGAGAAUAUCUAGUGCACAAACAGAAGACUGGAAAUAUUGUUUAGUAGACUACAUGGUUUAAUCCCUUGGGGAGAAAGUUCCAACUAUAAAACUAGAGAAGGUACUGAAACUUGCUGACACUUUUUCACUACAGGUUGAGAGCACGGGUCUAGUGCGGUGGCAGGAACAGUUGGUGCAAUUUGGGACUCUGUAUAUCUUAGAAGUUGAUAAUACCACAUUUUCAUUAAGUGGCACAAUAAAUAAAGGGAUAGGAAGUAUAUGUACAAUCAUCUGUGAAAAGUCCCCAUGUACAAGAACAGUGGUCCACACUUGUAUGCAGACUAUUGUCCUCCUAGAUCUUGCAUCAUUGUUGGUGUCUCGGCUCAUCUUCUUUUAACGAUAUCUGAUCUAACCUGAUCCUUGCUGCAUUUGAAUGUUAUUAUUGACUGGGAGGAUGUUAUUUAGUCUAUCAGGCAAAUUUAAGUUUUUAUAAGUAUGUUGUAUAUUUUCAAUAUUGUAGAGUACUCUGUAAUUAUUGUAUAGGUCGUGUUAUUGGAAGGUAUAGUUCUAAGUCUUUUAGUAAUUUUUGUUCCUUCAGAAAGUCCCUUUCUCUUCAUUUGCUGUCAUUGGUUCUAAGUAUCUGCAAUUUGUAAUUAUUGUAUAUGUCCCUUUCUCUUAUGAGUUUUCUAUUCUUCUUGUCUUAAUCGCAGACAAUAUUUUUGCCUGUCAUUGGUCUUGUUGAUCCUGAUAAGCUGAAACCUGGUGAUUUAGUCGGGGUAAACAAAGACAGCUUCCUGAUUUUGGACACUCUUCCAUCAGAAUAUGAUUCACGUGUUAAGGCAAUGGAGGUUGAUGAAAAACCAACAGAAGAUUACAAUGACAUUGGUGGCCUAGAAAAGCAGGUGAUCGUAUUUUCCUUGUUCUCAUAGUCACAUUUAAAUUAUCUAGAGAAGCUUUUUUCUUCUACUCAUAGCUGAUCAUGUGACAUUACAUUAGUGUUUCUCGACAUAUUUAAUGCUUAACCUGUUACUUUGCAUCUGGUUUGUUAUGAAUUUGCAUAUUCAACUGACUCGCAUGAAGUUUGGCAUAACGCAUCAACACUCUUAAGUUGCAAAACUUGCUUAGUUUUUGAAAAGUGUGAAGGGUAGUCUCAGCACCACUCCUUUCUCCCAGACGGAAAAACAAGAAAAAUAAUGCACCUGAGAGAAUGACUUUCUUUUAAAUUUAAUUUUUUCUUCUGUUAAUUGUUGGUGAUCAAAAUUUAUUGAUAGGACUUUACGGAAAAAGCUUUUCCUCGAGUUCAGGUUUUAUGUACAUGGACCUUGGACUGUCUGUGAAUAAUUUUUCAUCCCCUCGUUUAUAGUGCAGUGUCCUUCCGUUCGUGCACAUUUUAUUCUGUUCAAUAUGCAAUUGCUAAUACUUUACAUUACAUUAAAUGUUACAUUCGAAUUUAAUGGUUGACCUUUCAUUGCAUUCGACUUAUUCUGCUUCUACUAAUUCUGUUGGUCUAUUCCAAGUUUGACAUGAAACAUGCAUUAUUACCACAUAUGUACACAUUCUGUUCUUGGCUUAUAGUCCUCUUCUGAGGUUUCUGAAUGCUGUAAGUUGUUCAAUAAGCGUUCAAUUAUUGGUAUCCACUUCCUUUCCAGUACAAAAGGUUACAAUGGAUGACGGAUCAUCAGAGUUUUGAUGUUGGAAUGUCCCCAGAAGAUGGAUUCACUGGAGGGUCGUACUAGGUAUUGAAAAUAAGGUCUCGCUACUGACUAUGUGAAUCUUUGUAUCCCCAAAGAAAUCCCAUGCAUUGAGAUAGCGAGUUGGAUCAUCAUCAAACACUGGAAUUGGUGCUCAAUCACUGAAACGUUUGCUUUUAGAUAUCUUCCAGUGCUUAUCAAUUCAAAAUCUCAGGGUUGUAGCUUGAUCCCCGGUCUUGGGACUUCCCAAGUCACGGAGUCUUUGAUAAAGUUGAAAAGAAAGUUCGCUAUCCAAUAACUUAACCAUUUCCCAAAUGCUUAUGGUUAGUAAGACAGGUGUCAGGUCUUCUCACCGUUUGAAUUUCCUCACCACAAUUGAGUUGUCCCAUAAAGAUGGACACAUAUGAGUGGCAAGCCUCUUCCCCUUUAAUUUAAGUUCAUUGCUUGUAGUCAUUCGUCCCAGAAGAAUAUAUCAUCACCUUCGGGUGAAUCCCUUUAUUCCGAAAAAAGAGUGACAUCAUUUAUAUUUCAUGUUUAGGAUUCGGUGCUAAUGUAAAAGAGUGCAUUUGAUGUGGAAGCCCUUUCACGUUCAUGUCGAUUCGGUUGUGUUAUGCGUGGACAAACCUUGUCAUAGUAUUGGAGGGAAAAUGAUUCAGUAGGCUGAAAGAUUCCUGUAUUGUAUGUUUAUUUCUUGAUUGGUUUCAUUGACCAGUAGAAAACCAUGCGGUAUGGAGGUUACAUACACCUAUUUAAGUGUCUCCUUUAUGCUUAUUUUUUAUAUAGUUGAGACUAAUAGAUUCUUUACUCUUUCCAAUUCCAACUUUCUCACUUUGGUAUGGUCACCAUCAUCAUAAAUUUUCUUUUUUGAAUGCCAUCUGCAAUAUGGUUUUAACUUGUCCUUAAAGUUUUUUAGUCCCCGUCUUUGCCAGAAGGGAAACCUCAUUUUAAUUUGAAUUUUUUCAGAUCCAAGAACUUGUGGAAGCCAUUGUCUUGCCCAUGACGCACAAAGACAGGUUUCAAAGAUUGGGAAUUCGUCCGCCUAAAGGUGUGCUUCUAUAUGGACCCCCUGGGACAGGGAAAACAUUAAUGGCGCGUGCAUGUGCAGCGCAGACAAAUGCUACGUUCUUGAAGCUUGCUGGUCCACAGCUUGUACAGGUUAGUACUCGUCCUGUAUUUCUUUCAAUCCCCUGCCUCUGCUAAAUUGACAACCUUCUAGGUGUUGUUAAGAAGUCCCGAAUCUGGACAAAUUUGUGUAUACUUAAUGCUCGGAUGGAAAAAUUAUGACAGCUCCAAUUAUUGACUGCUUUUAUUUACCUAUUGUCAUCUCUACAAUCGAAAGCAAUCUUCUUUUCCAUGAACACUGAGUGUAUUGAUGGAAGAGAGGGACACAUAUGACGUCUUGUGGUUUCGGUGGUAAUGUUAUCCUUAAUAAAAUCUUCUUUUCUUAAUCUCCCAGAAAUUUGAUAAGCUGUUUAAUGGAUCUAGUUAAGGAAUUGGAUUCCACUCGUCUUCUGUUCAUGAAAAGCUCAGGAUAUGCCUUGGAACCUGUUGGGGGCCGACUGGAAAUUUAGUGCUAACAUAGAUGUUGGUCCUUGCAUUCUGUUACCUUGGCCUGAAAAGCAUCUCACGCUCUUUACCAUGGUAGUGCAAUAGGGAGCAAGAAUGGUUUUUUUGUGGUUUUCUAUUUUGUAAAGGCGAACCUUAAUUAUGCAUAUUAGACUGUCAUUCAGGUACAACUGUGUCAGUGGUCUUGGUUUAGGCUGCAGUUCUCGUACCGUUUGUUGAAUGCACGCUGGAAAUGCACAUGAACUUUUUACUUCCUUUUGAUAUCUUGCACUCUCCACAGAAAAAAAAUAAAUCCUCUUUGCUUCUCCAUAUGCGCUCUCUGUGUCUAGUUUAUCUUUUCCACACAGAGGAGUUUCUACUUUUUUCUUCAUCGGUUUUAGGACUCUCUUGACAAAGAUUACACAAAAAUCAGCAUAAUUUUUGAGGGGAAGCUCAAUUUUGUAUGACAUGAGAUCCGGUCCGAGGGUUUGGUCAGAUCGGAGUGGACUUUUAGAAAAAGAUGUUUGAACCGUGAAAUGAGUGGAGCUUUUACUUGGCGAAGCCAAUGACUCAAAAAUGAAAAAGGACUGCCAUUUCAACGUCUAUGAUGACUAUAUCUUACCAUUUUUGGCACCAUAGCAAUCAACAUCUUCCAUUUCUUGGUAUUGCACGAUUAUCCUAAUCGCCUCCAUGGAAUUUGCCCAGAUGUUUAUUGGUGAUGGAGCAAAACUUGUCCGCGAUGCAUUUCAGCUUGCAAAGGAGAAGUCUCCUUGCAUAAUUUUUAUUGACGAGAUUGAUGCAAUCGGAACAAAACGGUUCGACAGGUAGGCCAUUUUUUUUUCCAUCCUUUAAAUGCUUUAUUGGGAAAUAUAGCCGCUGAAUGUUCUCGUGAUGAUUUCUAUCGUUUGACUGACGCAUCAGUUGACUAUCUCAUUUUCUGAUCAGCUUUAUCUCUUUUUUUUGUUUGAAUGGCAGUGAAGUGAGCGGAGACAGAGAGGUUCAACGAACGAUGUUGGAGCUGCUGAAUCAGCUGGAUGGAUUCAGCAGUGAUGAUAGUAUUAAGGUCAGCAUACCCUACCCCCCUUACUUUCUCUCAUCUCUUCCGUGUUUUGUGGGGAUCGAUAGACUUCACAGUUCUCCCUUGACCUUGUGCGGAGAACGGUUGACUUACCUGUUCUGGGUUGUGUGGGGAUCGGUUUCAGGUCAUUGCGGCCACUAACAGGGCCGACAUCUUGGACCCCGCCCUGAUGCGUUCUGGUCGUCUCGACCGCAAGAUCGAGUUCCCCCACCCAUCUGAAGAAGCCAGGGCCCGGAUUCUGCAGGUGCUUCUUCUGUAAAGCCCUUUCUCUCUCUUUCACUCUCUCCGUUGACUGGCUCCGUCUCUCACCUCUCCCUCUUCGGUCGGCAGAUCCACUCGAGGAAGAUGAACGUCAACCCCGACGUGAAUUUCGAGGAGCUCGCCCGGUCAACGGACGACUUCAACGGGGCACAGCUGAAAGCCGUCUGCGUGGAGGCGGGCAUGCUGGCCCUCCGUCGCGACGCCACGGAAGUCAGCACCCCCACCUCUCUCCUAUCUCUCCUCUACUGUCAGCGUUGACUUUCUGUGGACUGACGCGGCUCCACCCUUCUGUGACAGGUGACGCACGAGGACUUCAACGAGGGGAUCAUCCAGGUGCAGGCGAAGAAGAAGGCCAGCCUGAACUACUACGCUUAA